GAUUUUUUCUAGAGAGAGAGAAGGGAAGAACCGAGACAGGAGAGAGUCGCGGAGCCAGAUAUUUUCUCUAGAGAGAGAGAAGGGAAGAACCGAGACAGGAGAGAGUCGCGGAGCCAGAGAUUUUCUCUAGAGAGAGAGAAGGGAAGAACCGAGACAGGAGAGAGUCGCGGAGCCAGAGAUUUUCUCUAGAGAGAGAGAAGGGAAGAACAGAGGUGACAAUUUUUGGAGAGAGAAAGAGAGACUUCGUAGACGUUGUAACAGAGAGAUUCUAGAGAGAGAGAGGGAGUCACUGUAAUCGAGAUUGUGGACAGAGAGUCACGGUAAUAGAGAUUGUAUAGAGAGAAGCUUGGGAGAGAGGGUGGUAAGUGGUAACAGAGAUUUUUAGAGGGAGAAACAAACGGGAAACUGAGUUUUUUAGGGAGAGAUUUUUAUCUCCCAUAGCGGACUGUUGCAAAUCAAACUGAGAAGGACAGGGCUAAGAGAGACUUUAAUGCAAGAUUUCUGGAGAGAUGUUAAAGUCCAUGGUUCGGGCAAUGAAGUCGCUCUGAAAUUCAGCCUUAAAACUUAGUUUAAGCCCAUAGAUCCAGUGGUGAAGUGGCUCUAACCUAAGUGGCAGCAAACUCAACUGAUUUCAUGGCCAUGGAUUCCGGCCUAAUGUACUGAAAUUUCAAGCCUACCUAUCCGAUUAAGCGGUGACUCUAAAUAGAUUCCAGCCAAAUUCUGGUGAAAAUUCUAGUCACUGGAUUGAUUUCCGGCAAAUAUUCCACCCAACGUCAGUUUUAAGCGAAAUUCAGCUUAUGUACUGAGCUCCGGUGAAAUUUCAAGUACCUAGACUGACUACAUGGCAAAAAUCCCAGCCAACUUCACUGAGUUUUGGCUAUAGAUCUGUCAUGCAGCUGCUUUAACUGAGAUUCUGGCCAAAAUCAAGCAAAAGUGCGGCAAGCUGAACGGAGUUUCUGGCCAAAUUUCUGGUAAGCAUUUUUCUUGCCACAGAUCCGGUGAUGUGGCUUCUCCAAGCUGAAAUCCGGUGAAUUUUCUGGUGAAAAUUCCGGCAAUGGGGACUGACAUCCCAGUUUCAGCACACGAGUACAUGAGACGCCGUGUGGUCCACACCGAUCCCGACAGCGACCACUCCUUGGCUUUCAGCGACUACAACAGCGACCGAUCAGGGGAAUUCAGCUCCACAUGUCCGCCAAGCCGGACGCUUCUGGCAGCAUGUGCUGCUGAUAAUUCCUCCGAUGACGCUCUCCAACAGCUGGUGGUGGAGCUAGGAUCUCUCAGUGUCGAUGAGCAGAGGCGUGCUGCCAUGGAGGUGAGGCUCCUGGCGAAGCACAAGCGCGAGAACAGGCUGAAAUUGGCAAGCGCAGGUGCAGUGAAGCCACUGGUGGCGCUGGUCCAGUCGCCGGACCCACAGGUCCAGGAAUACGGGGUCACAGCCCUACUGAACCUCUCCCUCUGCGACGAGAACAAGGACCUGAUUGCAGCCGCCGGUGCUGUGAAGCCCCUGGUGCGCGCCCUGCGCGACGGUUCCACUGCAGCCGCACGUGAGAAUGCCGCCUGCGCCCUCCUCCGCCUCGGGAUCCCUGAGGAGAACCGUGCCCCUAUCGGCUGCGCCGGGGCCAUCGAGCCCCUCGUCAACCUCCUUGCCCUGGGCAGCUUUCGCGGCAAAAAAGACGCAGCUGCAGCACUAUUCACACUCUGCUCUGUUCGCGAAAAUAAGCUCAGAGCAGUAAAAGCUGGUGCCGUGAAACCUUUAAUCGAAUACAUGGCAGAUUUCUCAUCCGGGAUGCUCGAGAAAGCAGCAUUGGUGUUGGACGUUCUGGUUGGGAUUAGGGAAGCCAAGGCUGCUGUCGUCGAGGAGGGCGGCAUUCCUGUUUUGGUCGAGAUCAUCGAGGUAGGGUCGCAUAGGCAGAAGGAGUUUGCUGUGGGCAUACUGCUGCAGCUCUGCGAGGAGAGUUCAGUUUACAGGACAUUGGUGGCGAGGGAGGGCGCCAUUCCGCCGCUUGUUGCUCUGUCACAAAAUGGAACUACCAGAGCAAGGCAGAAGGCUGAGACCCUAAUCCCGUUCUUGAGGCAACCAAGAUCAGGCUUUCACAGGUCGGAUGAUUAAGAAUCAAUGAAGACGAAGAGAGACGCGUGUCGCGUAUCGGGACUCACCAAGAAUGUAUAUAUGUUGAAAAUUUGUAAAUGAAGGAAUGUGCGGUAAAUAUUUUUAGUUUAGUUGGGGUUCCAUUAAAUCCAAGAGAAAGGUGAGUUGGGUUCUUCAAACGCGUGGACUCGAAUUGAGAAAAGGAGAACCUCUCAAUUUUGCUUUUGUCAAUGAACCCACACAGGUUGCUUACGUCAUUUUCUUCUUUUUGUUUUUCUUUUCUUUUGUGGGAUGGCCGUUUGGGUGGCAGUUGGGUUUUUGUAGUCAUUGUCAUAAUGAAGCUUUUUGGAAGUGGGUGUCUGUGUCCUGCCGUUGGUUUGGUACCUGGCCUUAAUAUUUUAUUGUUUUGUUUCUUCAAUGAAGAGCAGGAAAGAAGAGGAAUCUUCCGAGUGUUAAAAGGCAGCAAGGCUGCUGUCUCUAGGGGCCGUUCCUUUUAUUUUACUACCUUACUUUAUGGAGGAAGGUGAUAGAAGAUUCGGUGGUGUUACUCUAUUGCCUAGAGAGAGAAGAAAGUCUGACGUGUUUUUGCUAGGUUGACCUUGGGUUGCAGUCUUCUACCCUAUACUUGGGUUAAUAUAGAAAUAACAAAUUAUGGCAGGGCCUAGCCACAUUAAUUUGCCCGCUCCCAGUUGGGGGCAUCAAGGUACCUAUUUUAAAGGAAAAACUCUUAGAUCUGUUUGCUUUGUUGGGAGGGCUGAACCUGGGCUUCGGAAAGUAAAUAGAGUGCAGAAGGCUCGGAAUUAGGUUUUUGAUAGUCCGAACGUAAUCGCCUCGGAGGCCUACCUGGGAUAACCACUCCCUAUGGAUGCGGCACUUUCUUGACCUACAAAAGAGCGUUUACCACAACAGAAGCCAAUAAAAAAUAUUUUGGUGCA